AUGGUCGGCCCCGCGGACUCCAUCACUGUCGCAGUCCGGGUGCGCCCUCCUACCACAUCCGAGGCCGCAAGGUUGCCUCAGCAAGUCUACGACGCAUGCAUUCGGGGCGACGGCGCCCUCUCUGCACCUGGCCGCGUCGCCAACACAUCAACGCUCCGCGAAAUCAUCCAGGUCGUCGACGACCGCGUCCUCACAUUCGAUCCGGUGGAGAGGGACCAGGCAAGGGCGUUCUUCGAGAGGGGCUUCGUUCCGCCCGGCACGAAGCGCUACAAGGACCGGAGGUUCAUCUUUGACCGCGUAUUCCGGCACGACGCUUCCCAGGCGGACGUGUACGGGGCGACUGCGCGGCCGCUGCUGAAGAACCUCCUUGACGGGUUCAACACGACGAUAUUUGCUUACGGAGCCACCGGCUGCGGCAAGACGCACACAAUCAGCGGCACCGACACCGAUCCUGGGAUCAUCUACCUCACCAUGGCAGACCUGUUCCAGGACAUCGACGACCGACGAGAAGACUACAACGUCGACGUCGUAGUCACCUUCCUCGAGAUCUACAACGAGGAGAUCCGCGACCUCCUCGCCGACCCAAGCAAUCCCUCUCCCCGCGGCGGCCUGCAGAUUCGGGAGGACAAGGCGGUGAAGGUCGUCGGGUUGACGGAGCUGCGGCCAUCGAAUGCGGCGGAGGUCAAGGAGAUCGUCCUGCUCGGAAACUCGCGCCGCACCCAAAGCCCGACGCACGCGAACGAAACCAGCUCCCGGUCGCACGCCGUGCUCCAAGUUCACAUCACGCAGUCGCCCCACACCGCGUCGCUCACGGAGCAGAAGACGAUGGCGACGCUCUCGAUCAUCGACCUGGCCGGCAGCGAGCGCGCGGCCGCGACGACGAACAUGGGCAAGCGCAUGGUCGAGGGCGCGAACAUCAACAAGUCCCUCCUCGCGCUCGGGAACUGCAUCAACGCGCUCUGCGAGAGCGGCGGCGCGAUCCGCCACGUGCCGUACCGGAACAGCAAGCUCACCCGCCUCCUCAAGUUCUCGCUCGGGGGGAACUGCAAGACGGUGAUGAUCGUCUGCGUCGCGCCGACGAGCAUCCACUUUGACGACACGCACAACACCCUCAUCUACGCCGAGCGCGCGACGAGGAUCAAGACGAAGGUCGUCACCCGCAACGUCGUCAACGUCGACCGCCACGUCGGGCAGUACGUCGAGGCGAUCAACCGCCUCAACCUCGAGGUCGCCGAGCUCAAGGAGAAGCUCGCCGGCCGACGCGACGCCGAGCGCGACGCCGAGAAGCGCAAGCGCCGCGAGGCCGUCCUCGAGGUCGAGAAGGCGAAGAGCGACCUGCAGCUCAAGGCGGAGCAGAUGCAGCCCUCGAUCGCGGACGGCGCGACGUGCGCUGGCAAGCUCGCCGUCGCCGAAGCGAAGCUCAAGGUCAUCCGCGCCCGCCUCAUCGAGCUCGACACCCAGUCCGCGGACCCGUCCGCGCCGCUCCCGCCCGACCUCGCCACCGAGCGCACCCUCCUCCAGGCGCUCGCGGGCCCGGAGGAGCAGGCGCUCCGCGCGGAGAGCGCGCUGAACGUGCGUGUCCAGCGCGCGAGCAACUCCGGGGCGCUCUUCGACGCCACGCUCCGCGCGAUGCAGGAGCGGCGCUCGUCGGAUCAGCUCGACGAGGUCUCGCUCGACAACGUGAAGCUCACCGCCCGCGUGCGCAAGUCAGAAAUGGAGCAGGCCAAGGCCGAGGCGCAGACCGCGGCCCUCCGGGAGGGCGUCACGGCGCAGACGGAGGCGCUCGUGGGCCUCAUCGGCCUCGUCGGGCGCUGCACCGUCAUGCUCGGAGAGGCGAGCCGCGGCCUCGGCGAGACGGCGCAGAGCCUGGGCGCGUCCCUCAAGAGCGUCGCGGACGGGAACGACGCCGCGUUCCAGGCGCUCCUCGGGCACUCGAUCGCGUCGUACACCGUCGCGCCCGCGCCGCGCGCGUCCGCGCUCAACAGCUUCAAGGGCUUCGGCAGCCUCGGCGUGCAGCGCGUCGUGUCGAACCCGACGGCGUCCCCGCAGGCGAAGACGAAGCUCGCGCGGCGGUCGUCGUCGUACGGCGCGUCGGGCGUCGGCGGGUCCCCGCUCCGCAAGGCGCACAAAAGCCCGCGGAAGUCGCUCCGGUCGAGCCUCGCGCCCGCAGUGCCGUACCGGCGCGUGUCGGACAAGGACAAGGGCGCGAAGAAGAAGGGCGUGCAGUGGCGCGACUACGCCGGCCAGGGCGAGCUCGACGACGGGGGUGAGGCGCCGAUGGCCGGCGUCGUCAUCUCUGUCACGCCGGCGGAGGAGAUCAGCUCCGCGUCGUUCUCCAUGCCGUCUUCGUCGUCGUCGCAGCUCCCCGUGUCGACCUCCUUGCAGCGCCCAAUGUCGGCGGCCGGGUCGGAGAGCGAGUGGGAAGACGAGAAGACGGACAACAGCCUCGACCUCAGCGUCUCCUCCUCCGCCUCAUCAUCCGCCACCGCCCUGCUCCGGGGCGCGCACGGCCGACGCCCCCGCGCAAGCCGCCUAGACCCCAGCUUCCUCAAGACGCGGUCUCGCACCUCCGCGCUCGGCAGCCUCGCCGAGGACGACGAAGAGAACCGGGUCGCGCUCGGCUCCCCGCGCCGCGCCUCCCCGCUCACGGACCGCAGCCUGAACCGCGCCCCGUCGCCCUCGGAGAGUCGAGCGCAUCCUCGUCGAACGGCAAGCAGCGCGAGCGCCACCACCACCACCAUCACGCCAGCCCGGGCAAGCGCGCGCCGACGACGCCAAGGCCGGCGGCGGCUCGAGCAAGGCGGCCGGCGGCGGUCGAACAUCGGGCCCAUGCGCAGCGAGCGCCCGCGGCGGCGGUCGAGCAUGAUCCCCCAGCUCUCGCCGCAGGCGCGCGCGUCUCUCGGCGGCGGUGGCGGGAUUGGUGUCGGCGGCGCGGGGGUCGGGGGCGGCAAGAGCGGGGGCGCGCGGCGGGUCGCGCUCGGGAACUCGCCCGCGAAGCGGCCGAAGCGGAUGAGCCUGCUCGCGGUGUCGUCGGCGCGGCUGAAGGCGGUCGCGGCCGUGGACCCGAACGCGAGCAUGGACGCGAGCUUCCGGAGCGGGAGCGCGGCGGGCGGGUCGCGGCCGACCUGGCGGUGA